GUUCUGCUAUCGUUUUAAGGAAACAGCGACCGAGUAGCGGUACUACUCUAGAAUAAGAAAUUGUUUACGGGUUGCUGACAUAAAACGAAAGAGUAUACAAGCUUGUUGUGUUUUGUAGAUAAAAUACAUUAAUCACAAUAUGAAAGUAAAUAUAUCCAUUGUUUCUCUUGCAAUACUUAUUUUGGUUGAGACAACGUGGUGUACCCGUUAUCAUGACAAGCUGGAGGAUGAAGAAGAUAAUUCAAAGAAUUUUAUAAAUAAUGAUUUUGCUCACAUUAUCAGUGAUAUCUAUGAUAAUCUAGGACUUAAAAGUAUUUUUACAGAAAUUAGCACUCGCUUAAAGAUAACAAUUAUUGAAGCACGAAGAUAUACUCGUGAAGAAUUUGACACUGAUUGGAAGCAAUUGCGUGACAACCCAGGGUUACGUAAUUUCAUCCAUUUUGUUCGUAAAGUAACUUGGCCUGCUGUUGUGUUACCAUGCAUCAAAAUUAUUGACACCACAGGAACGGCGCAACUGUUUUUCCUGAAGUUUCUGAAGAAAAAAUGUGAUAUAUACAUUGGUAAAAAUGCACUGUUACAUCCAUGGAAUAUGUUGAUGGAACAAAACCAACAACAACUCUCAAUGGUUGUAUUCGCAUACUUCAUAGCACUAUCAUUUGUGUUCCUGAAAAUUCUCAGUUGGUGGAACUUUAUGGUAUAUCUUGCGUGUGUGUUUUUGGCAUAUUCUUUUGGAGGACAGUACCUUGUCUUUAAAUGGCUUCUUACAGUCACUGGUGUGAUUUGGUUUUUUAUCGACCUGUUGCUGAAAUAUCCUUUACAAGUUGCCAUCUUGAUUAUUGUCGUAUUUAUUUUAAGUUACGUCAAAGGUUUUUUUCUCUUACCGUUCAUUAAUAAUACAGUACCUUCACCGAAGAGAAACUCAAGAGAGAGAACGCAUAUUGGUAGAGAAAGCAGCACGGAUAAACAACACAUACAACGAGAUUUCCACGUGCUCACUUCGCGACUGGAUGGAAUGGAAAGAAAAACCGAUGAUCUUGCUGAUAAACUCGAAGAGUUAACGAAGGCGAUGGACAGAUUAAUGUCGGAUAAUGAAGGAGACUUUUGAUAUUUGAUACACAUGAAGAUGUGUGAGAUUUUAGCAUAAACUGCGUCAAUAUAGUGGUUGCUUCAUGACAACUGGGAAGGAGAUUAAAACAUUCCCUUUUAAGUUGUUUGGUUUUCUCUUUUUUGUUUUGCUUUUUUUUUCUGUUGUUGUUUUUUUAUUAUUUUAUAUAUAUACAUAUAAACAGAAACUGGUGAAGCUGAUGGGCUUCCAAUUGAACCAUUAAAAAAUAUAGAACAAAUUUAAAAUUUAUUAUCUAAAUAUGACUUAGCUUGCAAACUUUUAAUGUUAAAAAAACAGUCUAGGAAUUACUAGGAAAGACCUGUUUUCUGGCGGAGCAGUUUCGGUUAAUUUUUCAUCCAAGCCCUCUCAUAUCGACUUUUAUGAGCGACCUCCCUCAAAUCUUCUGAUAAGUCCCACUUGUUAAAUAUGCCGGAGGUUUUAUAUAGGGGAAGCGUGCUUCGGGUUAGGUUUUCUUUAAUCUUCGAAAAUUAGACGCUAGAAAUUAUCGGGUUUCGGCGCGAUCAUUUUGGAGAAGAUGGCGAAAAUUUAUUACCUGCGGAGAUUCGCAAAAGUAGAUUUUUUAUUUUUUUUGGUUUUUGUCUUUUUCCCCAUACCCCCUUUUGGUAUUUUGACACCUAGCUCUUCACGUUUUAAUGACUUUUUAUUGUUUUUUUGACGAUAAAAAGCGAGUGCAACUAAUUUGAAUGUUCCGAACGUAAUCACAUUUCACCUGUUUGAACAAUUUGACGACGAGAAGAAUCGUACUUUUUGCUAUAACUAAUUCUUAUGAUAGAAAAUAUAAAAUUAGGUCA